CUGCUCAUCCGCCGCGGGCGUGCGCGGCCUGUGGGCGGCUUCUUGGGCUUCCAGCGGGGGUCGCGGCCCAUUUGGGCCGGAGCCAGAGGAUGGGGUUUUCAGCCCCCGCCAGAGGCAAGGAGGGGUGCCGCCGCCACCGCUGUUCGGUUCUGCACUUACUCUUGGGUCCCCCGCACCUCCCGCCCACUUGACGUUCUUCGGAAGUUUGCUGUCUUUUCACCUUUUCCCUUGGUAUUUGUAGGACCAGGCUUCACGCACGGGUAUUUUUGGAGGAUGUCCCCAGAGAAAAUGCGCUUUGGGUUCAGAAUCCUUUUAUUAUAAUUCCAAGUUAAUUUCUAACAAAGUCAACUGGUGAUUUAAAAUGCAUGUUUUGCUCUCAGUAACUUGAGAGGCAGGAGUAAAUUGUUACUUCAGAAUUAGUUUUAAUAGUGAUUUUGUAAUUUGCCUUGGUCGGAGCUAGAGCCUGGGACAACACGUUUAUAGCCUAGAGGUCUAACUUAAGAGCCUAGCCUGCUGUUUCCCUAAAUAAGCUCGGAGAGGUGAUUCCUGGCAUGGAACCCAGACUCUGUGAAGGGAGUGUGGUGUUUAUAGGACAGAAGUCCAGAUAAAGAGCUGGAUGUGCUUCCAGGUGUUUUGGAAUUUCUAGUGUAGAUUGGGUAUUGUAAUUCUACCAAGUUGUUCUGUGCUUACAGUUGAGAGACAUUGUGAUAAUUUUGGAAUGUCUGUGUUAAAAAACAAUUUGAUCUUAACAUCUUUUGGAGGUAUAAAAAUCCAUAGUUUGACUCUUGAUAAGUUAAAUUGAACUUUGUUUGCUUUGGAGCUAGGAAAGAACUCAUGUCCUGUGUGCUUAGAGUAGGCUGAGGAGUGGUUUCAUGAAGAAAUCAUAUUUAAGAAGAGUUGGAUGUGUAGUGGGAGCCUGUACCAGGCCUCUGGGAUACAGUCUAAAAGUAGGAGUAACCUAUAGUUCUGCUUAAAGGUAGGAGUAAGCAGAACUAUAUAGGUAACAAACAUUUGGUUUGAACUUGAAAGCUGUGUUGAUAUGUGCCUCUGUUGAAAGAGGCAGAGGGCAAGUUCUCACUAUUCUGAAAAAUUGAUUUGGUGAAAUGCAUUCAUUCAUUUAAUAAAUGUUUGGCUUUACUAUGUGCCAAAUUCUCUGGUAGGUCCUGGCGACCCACAUAAGAGAGACUGGUUCUGCCCUUAAGGAACUCAGUUUGGAGGGCAGCAGACAUGGAGGAUCCAGUGAUUAACAGUGUCUGCCCACUGAGUGUGUGCACAUGGUGCUUCGGGAGCCUGAGGAGAGGGGAUUCCUGAGUCGUAGCUUGCAGGGCUAGCAGGAAUUAGUUGGGGAAUAGAGAGGUGUGGACAUAGGGAUCCACAUGUACACACGUUCCUAAAAUAGCACCAGUGAGUUCUCCAGCUUGGCAAGUGGGAACCUGGGGCUUUGCUGGUUGCAAUCAGGAGUUUUAGCCUUGUAAUCGAGGUGCAGGAGCCAGGGAAGGCUUUUAAUCAGUGGAGUAGCAUGAUCCAGACUUGUGUUUAGAAAGGUCUUGUUGGUGGCCACAGAAUGGUGGGAAGGGGAGGGCGUCAGGACAUCUAGCAGGGAGAUCAGCCAGCAGAGGAGAGAUGGGAGGGAGGAGGAACGAUUUGAGAAGAGAGGCAGAAAAGGUAGAGCAGAGGGGAUGCCAAGCCAGGACAGGGGAGGAGCCUGCAUUCAGAAACGUGUGGGGGGAGACCAAGUAUGACCAAAGAUUUGAACCACCUCUACUGUUGGAGCCAGAUGUGGUUGCCAUGCAAGUUUGCUGGUGUCUCUUCAACAUUGAGAAUGGUGGAACUGGGGAGACACUGGGGCCAUUUUGUCAAAUAGACUGGGAUAGUUGCCUGCAGAAGGAGAGACUUGGCACUUGAUUGCUUAAAAACUUAUCUCUCACCUCAACCUGUGGGACAUUGCAUUUCAUUUUGGGCAGGGCAGAUGUCUUAACCGCUGAGAGUAAAUGUGUAUUCAUUUUUAUUGAGGCAAAUGAGGGGAUGUUCAGUCCUUUACCUCACAGCCGUUCUAGCCUCUGCUACUCCUUAGGCUGGUGAUUUGAUGAAGCAGGGCAGCUGUAUUUGAGGCCCACCUGUGUGCCUGUUCUGUGUGCACUAUCAUUACUGAUUAUGAAAACCCUUUAUGCAGAGGCUAAGGAAACUGAGUCACGGAAGACUGAUCGUACUUAAGGUCACACAGCUGUCAUCAAGUUGCAGAGUCAGAAUUUGAACCCAGAUUGAAUAUCUCGUUACACCCAUCUGCAUUUCUUUUGCAUCAAACUGACAGAAUGGCCUCAGUUGGGUGCUUCUCUGGCUGAAGAUCAAGCCUAGGUGUCUGGUGAUGGGUAGAGAGGCAGGACAAUAAGAGCCCGACAAUGGAACUCUGGAAACACACUGUAAAGGACUAUUCCCAGGAACCAGGGCUCAUCAGAGCCUUUCUGGGGCCUGUGCAGGUGCUGUGGGGACUAUGCUGAAUUAAGCCAAGGGAAGGCACACUUUAGGGGAGGAGCCUGUAUUUGAGAUGGACCUUCAAGAAGGGUUAAUGGUUUGACUGGUGAAGGAGUAGCAAAGGAAGGUCACACCUUGGGAGGAAAAGAGGUUAGGGGUGGGAGGAGAAAAAUGAUCACCUUUUCUGUGUGUUCAAUUGGGUUGGGGCCAGAAUGUCACAUGGAGGAGUUUGGAGUUGUAUAGGAACAGGAAACUUUGAAAGUCUUAGAGCACAGCUGUGGUGGAAUCACCUCUUGGUUUUAAAACACGAGCCCUCAGUGUUAGUGUGGAGACUGGACUGGAGGACAGUUGGUUGCUGUUGUGGUCCAGUGGGGAGAUAGUGGACCCAAAUGAGGAUAGUGAUCAGCAGUGGGGUGAAGAGGGCAAGAAGGUUCAAGAUGAGUCAGUUCAGUGACAUUGGGCCUGAAUAGUGCUGGUACCAGCAGGGCCCUGCUGUUGAGUGGAAGGGGCAGGAGGUGAUAGCAAGAAGAUGAAGACAUAAGAUGACUUGGAAUAAAGAAGGCCCCCGGGCUGCAAAUAAGAAGAUUUGAGCCAGCCUUUGUGGCAGGCAGGCGAGACUAGUAGAAAAGGUGAGCAGAAGAGGGUGGAGGAGCGGAAGACCAUAACACGUCUGAGGACCAAGGGGUGGAUAGGCUAGAGCCCGAGGAGUUGUCCCCUGGGGAAGAGUGGGGCGUAAGAUUGACCUGAAAGCCAAGGUGGGCCAGCGAGUAGCCCCUAGAAAUUCUGAGUAGGGUAGGGUGGUACCUAUGCCCCUGGCAGGAAGGGGUGGAGAAGGCAGGAGACCAGUUUUGAGUCUUUCGUAGGGGUGCAGGUGAAGGAGGCAGACCAGGGUGGCAGAAGGUAAUGGUGAGGAAGAGGGGUACUUAUGAUGGAGAUAGGAUUUAGUGUGGUGGGGCAGGGGACCAGUGUGUUUAAAAAUAGCUCCACCUUGAGAGACUCAGAGAAUCAGGGUAGGUGAUGUGGCUUUAGGUUGUACCCUUUGAAAGACGCGCCAUUGGCUUGUAGGUUUGAGCUGUGUAGGGCAAACCGAGGGUGGUCCAUGGUGAUGCAAAGUCGGAACCCCCUUGCCUGUGCUUUCGUUUUUGAGUUGGGUUUAUUUUGGUCGUGGCCUUCUUGAUAAGAGCCAUACAACUAGCCUAACUGAAUGGCAAGUGAUGAUAGAACCAUUUUGUGGAUGGUCAAAAAUAAGAGUGAGGUUUGUGUAUUUUUUCUAGCCCACGUAGGAAGUCAGCAAUGAAAAAUUUGAUUGACUAGUUGGGUUCCCUUGUGUGUCAUAUAGACUGAGUCAGUGUAGAGCAUGACUGGGGGCUGGAGGCUUUCAUAAUAUCAGGGAAAGUAAGAAAUAUUGGUGUGAACAUCAAAGAGUCCCCAUAUGGGGCCUAGAGAGCAAGUGUUGAACCUCAAGGGAAUGUGAAAUGGGAAUAAAUUCAAGUAGCAUGUUUCAGUGCUGUGCUUUGUGUAGGUCAGGGAUUUCCUUAUCCUUUUCUGGAGUAAGUUGUCUCCCCCCUGCACAAAUAAGGAGUGUUUCUGCACCUUUGUCAAUGUUGUGCUUUGCUUCUUAACCCUCCAUUUUUCUCUGCAUUUUCGAUGUUGACAGGUACUCCAGGCCAGGAGAUACUUCCCCUUGGAGUAAGGUUAUAGCGGUUUUAAAUAAUAAAACUGGUUACUAAUUUGGCCGUUUCUCAGUAGGUCUUUGUAUGUUCUUGUCUUUGGGUAUCAAAGCUAUCUUCCUAGGAUUCACAAGGAGUCCUGGUGGUGCAGUGGUUAAGGCGAUCGACUACUAACUGAAAGGUCAGCAGUUUGAACCCACCCCUGCUCUGCGGGAGAAAGACACCACAGUCUGCUUCUGUCAAGAUUUACAGUCUUGGAAACCCUUUAGGGGCAUUUCUACUCUGUCCUUUAGGGUCACUAUCAGUUGGAAUCAACUUGGCAGCCAUGGGUUUGGUUUGGUUCCUAGGGGUCACAUAACCCGCUUUGUCUUUUGAUAGCCUCCAUUCUGAUUAUUAGUAAUAAUGCUCAAAUAGCAACUUCUAUAAGGAAAUUUUUAGAGUAGUUUACAAAAUUACACCAGGCAGAGGGCUUAAUUUAGCCUUAACAAACAGGGUUUCCCAUUUUUUAGGUUUGAUAGCUCAGCGUUUUCUUACCUUUACUAUGGGUCCAGGUGGAGAGAUAGAUGGGACGUAGUGGUACAAGGUCAUAGACUGAGGGUGUCUAUGAGUUGGUGAAGCUGUGCUAUGUUGGAGUGUUAGAAAUCUGAACGAAACUCUAGCACUGUGUUUAUUUAAUUUAUAUUUAUGUUUUAAAAGCAGGAUCUUAAUGAGAACAGCCAUUUGAAUAUUUAAAAAAAAUCACUUUUUUAACAGAAUGUCCUUGUCUUCCAUAUCAUGGGUUGUAUUCAAUAGUGUUGAGAUUUUGCUUCUCAGUUACCCCAUUUUUUAAAAAAAAAAUUAUUUUUGUUGUCGAGGAUACCCAACAGCAGAACACGUACCAACUCAACAGUUUCUGUGUGUACAAUUCAGCAACAUUGUAUUCUUUAAGUUGUGUACCCAUCCUUAUCCUUCCUUUCCAAAUUGUUCUUCCUCCAAAAACAUAAACUCACUGUCCCCCGAGUUUCCUAUCUAAUCUUUCGAGUUGCUGUGGUCAGUUUGAUCCCAUAUAGUUCUUAAAGAGCGCAAUGGUCAAGGCAGGCGUUCUUUACUAAUCAUGCUAAAUUAUUCUUUGGUUUAAAGAAGACUUUAGGGGUUGUUUUUGGUUAAAGGUUUAAAGAUUAUCCCAGGUCAAUAGUUUUAGGGUUCAUUCAGCCCCAGUGGAUCCAGAAAGUCUGGAGUCCAUGAGAAUUUUAAACUCUGUUAGGCAUUUUUCCCCUUUUGAUCAGGAUUCUUCUAUGGAAUUUUUGAUCAGAUUGUUCAGUAAUGGUAAUCAGGCACCAUCCAGUUCUUCUGGUCUCAUGGCAAAGGAGGCAUUUGUUUAUGAAAGCAAUUAGCCACACAUUCCAUAUCCUCCUCCUAUUCCUGAUUCUCCUUCCUCCGUUGCUCCAGGCAAAUAGAGACCAAUUGUUGCGCCUUGCCACUUGCAAGUUUUAAGACCCCAGGCGCUGCGCAAGGAACUAGGAGGCAGAACGGAAUCAGUUACACCUUUUUGAGUUAAUUGUUUUUAAAGCACUGUCUAAAAUAUAGACAUUGGAAUUAAUUUUGUAUCUGAAACUUUAUUAUUUUUGGUCUUGGAUUGACUAUUGGGUCUUCUGUACAGAAAACAUUCCAUUUUCGUAGUAGUGACCUUUGGCAAAGAAGAGUGACUGAUUAGUGGUGUGGGCAGGAGACUGAGUGGCAUUUUGCACUUCCUUUCGGGCUGGUCGUUGUGGCAUAAUUCUGUUUCAUUUGUGGAUAGUCACCAAUUUUGGUUCCUUCUUUUCCUGUAGGGUCUCUGCUCUCCAGGAAGAUAAAGCUUUUUAAAGCAGCCUUGCACUAGAAAGUGAGGUAAGGUAACUGAAAAGAGAGAUGUCUGCAGAAGAAAGAUGAUGGGUAAUCAUGUACUUGGCAAAAUGGUUAAUCUCAGAAUUUUAAGAUGCUUAUAAUGGGGGAAAAGCUGUAUCAAAUAACAUAUUUAAAAUAAGAAAUGUGACAGAUACAAGUAGAAAGGAAAGGAAAAAUCCCUUGUUGCCCAGUUUUAUUCUUUCUUUGAAUAGGAAAUGCCAACACAUGGUACAAAUUCAAAAAGUUCAACAGGAUUAUGUAGGGCAACAGCUUCUUCCUUCCACCCUCUCCCCAUAGCCCAUACUACCCUUCCCUAUAAAAAAAAAGCAGCCAUUAUUUCCUGAUUCCUGAGUGUCCUCUGGAAAUCCUGGUGCCAUAGUGGUUAAGAGCUACAGCUGCUGAUCAAAAGGUGGGCAGUUUGAAUCCACCAGCUGCUCCUUGGAAACCCUAUGGGGGAGUUCUCUGUGCUGUAGGAUCGCUAUGAGUCAGAAUCGACUUGACGGCAACAGGUUUGGUUUGGUUUUGGUUUUGGUAUCCUCCAGAGAUAACCCUUGAGCAGCGUUUUUACUGAAGUUAGGUCAGAGUAUAGAUAAUUUUCAUCCAGUCUUUCCCCUUCUAGCAUUAUAGAUGAAGUUUGUUCUAUAAAUACAUUUCUAAUAGUUAACCUGCCCCUAGUUCUUAGACAGUUGUUUCUUACUUUGGUUGUAAUAGAUAAUGUUGCAGUUAACAUCUUUGUGCAUAAAGCUUUUUCUAGAAUCUUUUACAUAUCAUUGUUAUAUUAAGUAUAUGUAAAGCUUUUGACAAAAUAAAAAAAUGGGAUGUGACUUACAGUUUUGCAGGAGUAUAUCUGUAAAGUCAAGUAAGGCAGGUUUUUAUUGAUUUUUAUUUUUAAGCACUGUAUAUACAUUAUCCCCAGUCCCUUUUCUGUGGCUUGCAUUGAUUUGAAAUUUUUAUAGCUGCUUAGAGACCCAGUCUCAGUGUUCCCUGCACUGUGGGUUAUGUGUGCAACCACAGAUUCAUUCUUCCUGAGACAGUCACGGCCCUACGCGAAAUACAGAGGAGUGUGCCAGCUGGGGGGAGCUCAAGGACUGGUGGAGCAUUUGGAAGGAUGCAGGGAAGCAGGGGCCAGUGCCCAGUUUGGUUCUCUGUAUUGUCGUCUGCUCUUCAUUUCUGUGGAUGUUAAGUUUUUAUAUAUGGAGUGUGGAAAUAUACAAGCAAGAGGUAACUCUUACAGAGUUCUUUCUAAUAAUUGGUAUAUACUAUAUAUGCAUUGAAACAGAAUAGUGGAAUCGAAAGGUGUUUCUCAUUUGAUUUUUGUGGGUGUUCUGGUCAUCUCUGUUUUCCCUCUUCAUCGUGCUCCGAGCAUUCUACCAGGCACCCAGGGUUGAUAAGGGAUUGCUUUAGAAGAUUCCCCAGACUAUCUGUGGAAGAACUGAACCAGUUUCGCCUUGGUUGGUAUAAACUCCUCUCUUAAUUAGCUCAGUUGUUGUCCAUGGCUAGGUUGAUUCUCUAGCCAGUUUUUGCCAAGAAAAAUGGUGUAAUCAAUAAUGGAAUUCCAAAUAACAUUUCCUUUUUAUUUGGCUAUUGAUCAGAACCUGGGACUCUGCUUUCUGGGCCGUUAUUUCACUGUGGAAUACUUCCAUAAAACAUGCGUCUCAUCUCCCUGUCUUGUGUACACGUGACCUCAGGGAGCCUCGCUUGCUGAUUUUUUAAUGAUGGAGCCCAGCCUGGUCAUCAAGCUCCAUCCGUAGUGAAGCAUGUAUCUAGACUUCAUUUCUUCUACUGGCUGAGUAGUAUUCCAUUAUAUGCAGGAGAUGCCAACAUAGUCUCGGGUGUCCACCUGAUCCAAGAAGCUCACUCCUCACCAGCAUCCCUCUCCAACCCAUUGUCCAGCCCAAUCCAUGUCGGAAGAGUUGGCAUCGGGAAUGGUUCCUGUCCCGAGCCAACAGAAGGUCUGGGGGCCAUGACCACCGGCGUCCUUCUAAUCUCAGUCAGACCAUUAAGUCUGGUCUUUUUACGAGAAUUUGGGGUCUGCAUCCCACUGCUCUCCUGCGCCCUCAGGGGUUCUCUGUUGUGUUCCCUGUCACGGUAGUCAUCGGUUGUAGCCAGGCAUCAUCUAUGAAUAAAAGUUUUUAUUUUUAUGGGUUCCCGUUUAUUUAUCUUGUCUUUUGCUGUUUGUGCUUUUGUUAUUAGAUAAUCCACUGUUGAAAGCUAGGCCUGACUGCAUUGCCCCUGCUUGUUCUCAUAAGAAUUUUAUGGUUUUAGUUUGCACAUUUAGGUCCUUAAUCCUUUUUGAAUGUUUUUGUGAGGCAUGGAUCCAGUUUCAUUUUGCUGCAUAUGGAACUCCAGUUUCCCCAGCACUGUCUAUUGAAGAGACUCUUCUUUCCCUAUCAAAUGGACUUAACCCCCUUGUCAAAAAUCAGUUGACCAUAGCUGUGUAGGUUUAUUUCUGGAUUCUCAAUUCUUAUUCCAUUGGUGUAUGUGUCCGUCGUUGUUCCAUACCAGCUGUUUUGAUUACUGUAGCUGUAUAAACCAACUGCCAUUGAGUCGAUUCUGACUCAUAGUGACCCUACAGGACAGAGUAGAACUGCCCCAUAGAGUUUCCAAGGAGCACCUGGCGGAUUCAAACUGCCGACCUCUUGGUUAGCAGUCGUAGCACUUAACCCCUACGCCACCAGGGUUUCCAUAGUAUGUUUUAAAGUCACGAAGUGUGAAUUCUCCUACUUUGGUUUUCUCUUUUAACAUCGUUUUAGCUAUUUGGGAACUCUCACUAUUCCAUAUGAAGUUGAGGAUUGGUUUUUCUGCUUUGUAAAGAAAGUUGUUGGAAUUUUGAUCAGGAUUGCAUUGAAUCUGUAGAUCGCUUUGGGUAGUAUUAACAUCUUAAUAUAUUAAGUCUUCCAAUACAUGAACAUGGAAUAUCUUUCCAUUCGUUUAUGUCUUCUUUAAUCUCUUUAAAGAAGUUUUUUAUAGUUUUCGUUGUGUAAGUCCUUCAUGUCCUUGGUUAGAUUUAUUCCUAGGUAUUUUAUUCUCUUAGAUGCUAUUGUAAAUGGAAUUAUUUCUCUUUCAGAUUUCUCGUUACUGGUGUGUAGAAAUCCAGCUGAUUUUUGUUUGUUGAACUUGUACCCUACAACUUUGUUAAAUUCCUCUAUUAGCAUUAGAAAUUUUCUUGUGGACUUUCUGGGAUUUUCUAUAUGUAGGAUCAUAUCAUCUGUGAAUGGCGAUAAUUUUACUUCUUCUUUUCGAAUCUGGAUACCUUUUAUUUCUUAUUGCUCUGGCUAGGACUUCGUAUAUGAUACUGAAUAGAAGUGAGAGUGGGCACCUUGUCUUGUUCCUUAUUUCAAAGGGAAAGCACUUAAUAUCUUUCUUCGUUGAGUAUAAGUUGGCUUUUUAUAUAUGCCCUGAAUCAUAUUGAGAAGUUUGCCUUCUAUUUCAAUCUUCUUUAGGGUUUUCUUCAAGAAAGGGUAUUAGAUUUUAUCAAACGCUUUUUCUUUAUCAGUGGAGAUGACCAUGUGGUUCUUUGUUCAAGUGAUGUGAUGUAUUAUGUUGAUUGAUUUUCUAAUGUUGAGCCAUCUCUGCAUUUCUGAAAUAAAUAUUACUUGGUCAUGGUGUAUAACUCUUUUAAUAUGCUGUUGGUUUCUGUUUGCUAAUAUUUUGUUGAGGAUUUAUGCAUGUAUAUUCAUUCAUAAGAGAUACUGGCCUGCAGUUUUCUUGUGGUGUCUUUGUCUGGUUUGGGUAUGAGGGCUGUUCGCUUCCUAGAAUGAAUUAGGGAGUAUGCCUUCCUUUUCUAUCUUUUGGAAGAGUUUAAACAGUAUUGGUGUCAGUUUUUCUCUAAAUGUUUGGUAGAAUUCCCCAGUGAAGCCAUCUAGUCCAGGAUUUUUUUUUGUUGGGAGGUUUAUGAUCACAGAUUCCAUCUCUUCACUUGUUAUGGGUCUAUUGAGGUUUUCUAUUUCCUCUUGAGUAACUUUGGGUAACUUGUGUGCUUCUAAGAAUUUGUCCAUUUCAUCUAGGUUAUCCAGUUUGUUGCCAUAUGGUGGUAGUUCAUAAUAUUCUGUCAUAAUUCUCUUUAUUGAGUCAGUUGUAAUGUCCCCUCUUUCAUUUUUUAUUUUGGUUGUUUGUGUCUUUUCUUUGUCAUUCUAGUUAAAGCACUCUGGUGUUUUUUGGUGUUUGUGGUUGGCCAGCAGUGAAGGACCUCAGAGGGUCCCCCUGCAUCCACACUGGGUGUCGGUGGGUGACAGGCAGGUUAGCAGGCCUGACCAAGAUCACCCAAGACCAGAGACUGAGUUUUCUCAUUUUCAGACUUUGGAAAUCAACUCUUGUGUAGAUAUAGAUGUUUCAUCAAAUCUUCUGUAACAAAGUAGUGUUUAAUUUUGUUUUCACUCUUUUAAAAAACUGAAGGAUAAUUUGCAUAUAGUAAAAUGCAUAAAUCAUAAAUGUAGAGCUUGAUAUAUUUUUAUCUAUGUAUAUACCACUCAGAUCAAGAUAUAAGAACAUUUCCAGAAGCUUCCAUUGAGCCUUUUCCCAGUCAGGUAACCACUCUUCUGACUUGUCACUAUAGCUUAGUUUUGCUAGUGUAAGUGGAAUCAUAGAGUAUGCAUGUGUUUCUGUGUGUGUGUGUCUUCUCUUGCUGAACAUAGUAUCUAUGAAAUUCAUCUGCGUGGGUCUAUACAGCAGUUUGUUUUCUUGUAUUGCUAUAUAGUGCUCCACAUAUGAAAACACCACGAUUUAUUGCUUUUCCCGUUGGUGGACGUUUGGAUUGUUUCUAGUUUUUGACCAUCAUGAGUAAUACCGCUAUGAAUGUUCUUCUCCAUGUUGUCUAGGUAUAUGCCUUAGAGUGAAUUGCUGGGUGUAUUUGAUAUUUUAAUUAUUGGGAAUUUUGUUUAUAUUUCUGUUGUAUUUUAUUUUUGAACUUUUUAUUAUGGGGAAUUUUAAAUACACUUAAAGACAAUAUGUGUAAUGAGUCCCCAUGUACUUAUCACCAGCCCCAGCAACCAUCAACCAGUGGCCAAUCCUGCCGUAUUCACACCCCCAAACAUUUCCCCAUUCCACAUUAUUUUGAAGCAAACCUCAGACAUCCUGUCAUUUCAUCCAUCCACAUUUUUGUGUGUAUCUCUAAAGGAUAACUACAACAUCUGCUGAAGUAAUUCAUGUUCCUUCUCUCUGAUACUGGUAUUCCCUGGGGUUUCAUAUCUUGGUCCCAGUGGUGGAGUGUAGCUCCCAGCUUCCAUCAUUUCUUAUUUUGGAGCUGCCUAGGUCACCUGGUUUUUCCAGGCAACCUUUGGACCAGGAACUGAUACUGUGUAGUGUUGGGGGAGCCAUCUUGGAACUUGGGAAUGUCGGUUGCUGUGUGGGCAUCAGUUCCUACUGGGCUGAUCUGAGAGAAAGAUGAGAAGUGGGUACGUCCUUUCUGCUUAGGCAUUUGACUGCCUGUCCCAGAUGGUUGCACUGGCCUAGAACAGACAGUUCUUUCCCCAGUGCACCAAGAACAUGGAGGGUACAACCUCUGAAACAGCAGGGCACCAACAUUCUUCCCAGACCUUGCCCCUCAGUUGGAGGACAACAGGUAACAAGUUUAGAUUUGGAAAUGGGUAUAUUAAGGUUUAGAAAAGGUUAAUGUUUCUUAGAAUAAUGAACCCCUGGUAUAAAGAUUAGACUUGGGAGCCCAAAAAUACUCUCUAGUCUCCUUCUGUCCUCCUGUGCUCAGCACUUGUAUCUAUGUUCCAUUGCCUUGAGCCCAGAGUUCCUCUCAGCUUGGCCCAGAAGGUGCCUUGAUCAGAAGCCUGGGUCAGAGGAGACCAUUCAAGGAUGUGACAACCAGAGUGAAGAGUACCACAGAUACCUUAUUACUUGGUGUAAUUAGCCUAUAAAUUCUCUAUAGCAAGAUUUUCUUCUCAGCUAGUCAAGCUUGACUAGAAAAACAUAGCACUAUGUUUUGAUUAAUUAGUCCUCUCGAUGCUCACCCUCCUGUAUUCUUACGUUGGCUGGCUAUUAAGUGCCAUUACUCCCGUCUUGAAUUUAUGACACUUACUGCCCAUCAUGCCCAUUAAUCAAGCCAUCCAAGAGGGGCAAAUUGUUAUUUCAUGCUAUUGUAACCUGACCCACGUUCCUUCUCUUCCAUCUCACAUUAUUAGCAAGAGCGUUUACUAGUAACUCAAUAUUGAUGAAAGUAAGGGAAAAGUCACUUACAUCCUUAGGUGAGAGUGUAAAUUGAAGAACAGUUUGCCAAUAUCUUAUCACAUCCAGUGUACAUAGGCUUUGACCCAGCAUUCCACAUCUAGGAUUUUUAUCCUCACAUUUGCUCCCAGAAGAAUGUAAGGAUGAGUGUGUGAGAACAAAACACAUGGGACAUUUAGACGCUUCAAUGUGCCCCACACAGCAGGAGGCUGCUCCACACUAGUGCUGAGGUUUCCCAGUUCUAGUAAGUUAAAAAAAAAAAAAAAAGGUAACAAUCAUGAAGUAUGUGAUUCCAUUUAAAAUUUAAAAAUUAAAUAAAAAGGAAUGUACUUGUUUGUGUGUUUAGAGAUUUAAUGUGCCGCUUGUAGAAAACUAAGGAAGAAACUGAGCCUGCUGACCUGUGGGCCUGGGAGAGACCUCUGCUUUUCUCUUGUGUCCUAGUUUCUUAUUUGAAUUUAUUUUACCUCUGCGUGAAUUACGUUUAUUGCAUUAAGUCAAAAGGGGAGGACCAGGCAUCUGGUGGCAUCGUUAUGAGGCUGACUCUGCAUCUUCUGAGUCCUGGGAAUGGGGAAUCUGAUACUGGGAAGCAUUGGAUGCAGCCUGUCCAGGUCGUGCAUUUAGCUCUGGGACCUCUGAACUCAGUGAUAGUCUGGUCUGGGUUUUUUUUUUUCCUCCAGGAGGGAAGGCUUCUGAGAAGGGAAGAUGAAACUAUUUUUAAUCUUGAGCAAACAGCCCAAUGUAGUAAUUUCAGGCCCCAGUGUGACAUUUUCUUCCAUUAUAACCCAAGUCAUUUUUAAAACAAAUAAACAAAGUCCUUUUUUUAUGCAUUUUGUGUUUGUGGUGUUUCUGAAGGAAAAUGCUUUUAAACUACCCUCAUUCCCCCUUGCAGACUUUGAGAGCCUGGGGGCCUGGUAGGGUGUGUGUUUUGGAUCAUGUAGUCUGGGGGUUUGUCUAGAACCUGGAGUUCUAGUGGACUAAGUGCUGGGAUGUGAGGUAAGUGCUGAGGUUUGGGUUAUAUAGGCUGUCACAGUUUACAGAACUCCUGACUUUGCUUCACAACUUUUGAUAAAUAUCCCUGAGGUCCUGAGAUAGGAGGUGGACCAUGCCCCACGUUCCUUCCUGUUAACACUUUUUUUUGGUUUUUAUUUCAUGUGGUGUGUAUUUUUGUGUAUCGAAAAGGUCAUCAUGUUUGGUAAAGUAGAAGACCAACAGAAAUGAGGGAAACCCUCAGUAAGAUGAAAUGGAUUCAAACAUACAAAUGAUAAUGAAGGUGGCACAGGGCUGGGCAGUAUUUCAUUUUGUUAUACAUAAGGUUGCCAUGAUUCAGAGCCAAGUUGACAGCAACUACCACCAACAUAUUUUUGUAGCUUUUUAUUUUGAUAUAAUUUUAUACUUAUUGGAAAAAUUGCAGUAGUACAAGGAGCUCCAGAAUAGUUGUUACCUAGAUUCACCAUGUGUUUACGUUUUACCUUAUUUGUUUUGUCAUUCCCUCUCUCUCUUCUGUAUAUAUACAUUUUUUUCCUGAACUGUCUGUGAGUAAUUGGCAGAUAUUAUGCCACUUUAAGGAGCCUUGGUGGCUCAGUGGUUAAGAGAUUGGCUGCUAACCAAAAGCUGCUCCUUGGAAACUCUGUGAGUUCUACCCUUUCUUGUAGGGUCGCUAUGAGUUGGAAUCGACUUGACAUCAGUGGGUUUGGUUUUUUUGGUUUACUCCUAAAUCUUAAAUUUUGCAUUUCCUAAGAAUAAGGACAUUCUCUUAAAUAACCACAGUAAACCAGUUGUUGUUGGGUCAGCUCUGACUCAUAGUGACCCAUGUGUGUCAGAGUACUGGAAUUGUGCUCCAUAUAUAUAUAUUUUUUUUAGUUGUGGUGAAAAUGUAUGCAGCAAAACAUUCGCCAAUUCAACAAUUUCUACAUGUAUAAUUCAGUGACAUUGAUUAUAUUCUUUGUGUUGUGCAACCUUUAUCACUCUCCUUUUCCAGUUUAUUCUACCACCGUUAACAUAAACUCAGUGCCUCCUAAACAAAAACUGCCCUUUUCACCUUCCCUCUCUCAGCCAUGAUAACCACUAAUAAUUUUUGGUUUCUGUACAUUUUGCUUGUUUCAUAUAAGUGAUCAUAUAGUAUUUGUCCUUUUGUGAUUGAUUUAUUUCACUCAGCACAACGUUUUCAAGCUUCGUCCAUGUUGUUGCCUGUAUCAGGACUUCAUUUCUCUUUCUCACUGAAUAUACCACAUUUUAUUUAUCCAUUGAUCUGUGGAUGGACAUUUAUGUUGUCUCCGGCUUUUGGCUAUUAUGAAAAGUGCUGCAACGAACAUUGGUGUACAGGUUUAUGUUUGCAUUCCAUGGGUCUUCAGUGGCUGAAUUUUUGGAAGUAGCUUGCUGGGCCUUUCUUCUGAGGUGCCUCUGGGUAAACUCGAACCACUAAUGUGUUGGUUAGCAGUGGAGUGUGUUAACCAUUUGUACCACCCAGGGACUCUAUAACCACAGUACAGGUAUCAAAAUCAGAAAUUUUAACAGUGGUAUAAUACUAUUAUCUAAUCCACAGUCCAUAUUCAAGCUUCCUCAAUUGUUCCAAUAGUAUCCUUGAUAGUCCUACAUGAGGAGGUACAAGAUGCUGGUUUGUUCCAGUGAUUAGCUCUGGUUAAGGAGGAGCUUGGAAAUUUUCUCCACUGUAAAGUUGCUGGUUUUCCCAUUGUAAUUAAUAAAUGACUUGUGGAAUGAUACUUUGAGACUAUGUAAAUAUUCUGUCCAUCAUCAAACUUUCACCCUCUAGUUUCAGCAUCCAGUGAUGCUUUUCUAAGUCCAUCAUUCCUUCUGUACUAGUUAUCUUACUGUAAGGAAGAGCUUUUAUUUAUUCACAGGUUUAUUUCAUUAGCUCAUAUUGAUAACUUACUCAGUGUGGUAUAGUCCAUCCUGUCAUUAUUCAUUUUGAUCCCAGAUUGUCCCAGGUUUGGCCAGUGGGAGCAGCUUCAGGCUGCCUUCUGUGUUCUUUUGACAUGUCUCCAUUGUUCUUUGAGUGCAUCUUGACUUCCUGGUACAACACAUUCCAGGCUCCCUGCUCCUACCUGGUAUCAGCCCUUUCCACAAGGACCCUUGAUCCCUUUUAGUUGGAGUGGCAUUUUGAGACCAAGUGGGUGCAUGGUACAUAUUUCUGUUUGCUGACAAUCUCUUGAAAUAAAUCUAAUUUUGUAUUUGAUUACUUAAUUAUGUUGCAGUUGAAUAAAAGACUUUUGUGGGUGUCCAGUUCUUGAUUUUUCUUUUAAGUGGGGGCAAGUUAACACAUGAUACUAGCAGAAUAAGAUAGACUUUAUAAACAAAAUAAAAGCAGGCCCUGCCUGCCUCAGAAGGAAUUUGUUUCUACUUAAUCAGUGGGGGAAAUUAUCAGAACUACUGAGCUGAUUUCCAAAGAGGAAGGAUAUACUUAGCAUUGAUGCCAGGGACCCUUACUCUGGGCUGUAGGGUGCCUAAAGACCAGCUCCGUGAGGUAAUGCCCAUGGUGCUGUUGUCAGGGCUUUGAGGUAUUGGUGUAGUGUACUUUGAGGCUGUGAAGUGGGUGUUUCAGGUGGCCUUGACAUGGUUCUCUCCCAGGUGGGUACCACUGUCAUGGAAGAUGUGUCUGACUUGUGUCCACCUGUGCCAUCAUUAGACCAUAUGAGCAAAUCAGACCUGGUCCUGCUCUUAACUAUUCUGAGAAUUCAGUGAAGAAGGAAAGGUGUCAAAUAAUGGGGGCCCUAACUCUUCAGACAAUUUUUUUUUUUUUAACUCUUCAGUCAGGGAUUGGACUGGACUGGACUAUGGGAUAGAAAAUGAUACUGGUGAAGAAUGAGCUUCUUGGAUCAAGUAGACACAUGAGACUAUAUUGGCAUCUCCUAUCUGGAGGGGAGAUGAGAGAGCAGAGGGGGUCAGAAGCUGGCUGAAUGGAUAUGAAAAUAGAGAGUGGAGAGAAGGAGUGUGCUGUCUUAUUAGGGGCAGAGCAAUUAGGAAUAUAUAGCAAGGUGUAUAUAAAUUUUUGUAUGACAGACUGACUUGAUUCAUAAACUUUCACUUAAAGCACAAUAAAAAUUAAAAAAACAAACAGUAAUGGGUACCUUAGUUGGACAACAGGUUCCUGGGGAAGUAGCAAUUAAGGGGCUGAAUGAGAGUUGGAGAGUGAGAUGAGUACUUUUUUUGUAUCAGGCAGUGAGAGUGGUACAAAGAAGGGAAGCCUCAGCACACCGAAUGUGCAGGGAGCAGUGUGAUGGUGCUGUCUGAGCUGGGGGAGGGAUGUGUCAGAGGGCUGAUGAGUGUAGGGGCUUCAAGUAGAGGUGACUUCAGGCUUUAGAGCAGAGGAAGGCUUACAAGGCAAUAUGAAGAGGAGGUGUCGGUGUGAAGCCUGGGUUGUCUUGGGAGGCCUGGGUGCCCAGGAAGUUUAACAGGUGACCCAGUGGUCUGCCCUUGCCCAGUCUUGUAGGGUCUUAAGCCUGGCAAGUGAUUGGACUUGAUUCAUGGGCAGUCGUCAUGAGCUGCCUGGAGUGCAAGAACUGUGUGAUGGCAGAUGUGGCUUGGGCAAGUUAACCUGGCAAACCAGGCUUUGCCCCUUACUUGGCGUGGAUCUGUUUCUUCAGGUCAUAAAGGAUAACAUUAGAUGUUCAGGAGCGUCAUUGUGAGGAACCGGGUCACAUGUCAGCUGUGUGUGUUGUGGCAUUCGGAACAUGAUACUCCUUGUUAUGGCUGUUGAGUGCAGGGUAGAACAUAGUAUUGAAAGAGGCAGUCUUUGGAUUGCUUAAUCUCUGCAGGUGCUGGGAUGGAUAGGCUGAUAUGUGACUUCAGUUCAUCAUGACCUGGCCCUGUGAGGUGAGUGACAGCAUGGUCCAAUCUCACCAAUGAGAAAAUAGGCUUGGGUAGUCCUGGUGGCGGUACCUGAAGGGUAGAACCCUGCAGCCUAACUUCGGGUGCCUGAACUUAUGCCGUAGAAUCAGCGUGGAGCCAGAGACUGCUGCAGCCACCACGACCCUGAGGAGGGCUGGAGGCAGGAGAGAGAACAGGCACAAUACCACUCCUGGGUGCUGCAUGGGGCACCAGUGCUGCCUCUGAGCAGCACUUGGCUCCUGCCUUUGCUGGGAGAUGUGGUGUUUUGGGAGGGGGCUAGGACGUCUGUGAGAAACUCAGAAGAUAAUUUGGGCUUUUGGAUCUGAGGCUCAGGUGUGGGUCUCAGUGCAGGAGACCUUAGCCUGGUGGGUGAUUGGUCAAGUGUGUUGGACCAGGAGUGAGUCCCUACAUUUUUGAGCCCCUCUCCUCGACUGAACCAGUUCUCAAUUCCUUGUGUACCUGCCAGACCUGUAGUCUGGCCCUAGAGCCAUAUCUGUUUCACCCACCUCCAAAUCUGUUUCAGAGCUGCUGUGUUUCUAGAGCAGGGUUUACAAUUGGUUGGAAUCUGUGCCCCCAGUCAGUGACAUCAGAAUCUUUGGGAUUGGAACCCAGGCAUCAGCUCUUUUAAUCCCCUGCUAAGGUGAUUCUCAUGUGCAGCCAGGGUUGAGAGUCACUGUCCAGUGCUUAACAGAGCUUGUGCCCUCAGCUGGGUUGAAGUAAGAAACUUACCCUGUCUCAUAGAGGCAGAACUGGGCAUUCAGAAGGUGCCAGUGAACCUGCCUGUUAGAUGGUCCAAAGCUCACCUGAGGAAGAUGGUCACUGAGGAAGUGAGCUUAGAUGGUCUUGGGUAGCCAGUGUAUCAGAAAAGGGUAACUUCUGCUUCCCUCUUUCUGGGAACUUACAUACUUGAAGCGAGUAACCUGAUGUUGGAAAUGUCUAGGUUGUUUUGAAGUGGUAAAGAGAAAGAAUAGACUGGUAUAUAGCCACAUUGGAGGAACAUAUUGGUUUGCACUAACUCACCAUCCAAAUAUUUAUUGAGCACCCGUUCCAUUGAAGGAAUGGGCUUAGUGUUGUACUAAGUACUAGAGUUAGGUGGAUCAUAAUUUUGCUGGUGGAUCAUUAUUUUUCUGUAGGAACUCCUGUGGCUUUGUGUCCAGGAGAAAGUGUUACGGAAUGCAUACUCAUUGUUAAAUGAGUGCCAAGGACUGGGUAUGCUUGGAUAGGAGAAGGAGAGGUGAGAGAAGGGUGGUCUCUUAGGAGAGGAGGACUUAGAGCCCAGUCCUGAAGAUGACUAAGAGGGUCUGAGGGUUAAGUUGAUGUCUCUGAGCUAGGCAGUGGUGCGAUAUCCUCUGGCACCUUGUAGGGGAAUGAAGUCUGGAGCCCAGAGCAGAGUGACCAGAGGUCAGAUUGAGCCAGUGACCUUGGAUGAGGUACUGACUGAGGCCAGUGCUGCUGGGAGUAGAGAAAUGACAGAUGAGACAGAAGGGGCAUGGAAGGAAGAGAGGUGGGAAAGGAACAGUGUUCUCUCAUGUCUUUGACCUAUUGAACUUCACUAGAAGAUUGAGCCUUGACCCACAUCAUUGGGUGAUGAUGGUGUGCCCACUUCCCAGGGAAGGUGGCAGGGAAGCAAGCGUCCACCCUGGAUGGACAGAUUGAUGCAGGAAGUAGAAGCCAAGCUCUGAGCCUUGGCUUUCUCUUAUUUGUGCUGAUCUAGCUAUGAGUCGGAAUCGACUCGAGGGCACUGGGUUUCUGGGAUGCUCUUCUCUACCCUAGCCAGGCCCUACCGCCCCAACUCACCUUGAGCCAGGUCCUGAUCCCAGGACCCAGGUGAAUUAGACCCUGGUUUAGCCCUCAGGGAACACCAAGUCUAGUGAGGAAAGUUUUUAUUGAGAAAUUAGAGAAUCUUAUAUAAUUUUACUUGAGAUUUGAAUCCUCUAAGAGCAGACCUUUUCAUUUUAUAAUGUUCUUCAUUUGUGAAGAGAUUGAAACGAUGAUGGAAUGGAGUUGGAAUUAAAGAGCAGAUGGAAGGGGGGAGAUAGAACUGACAGUAUCUGAUACUGAGUAGGUGGUCAAAAUUGGUUGAAUAAAAAUAGUCAAGGAAAUAUUUUAUUUGAAUUCCUAUUGUGUGUUUCUUCGUUAGAGUAAGGUGCUACACAGAAAGAAGAAAGGUAAUUACUGUAGAAGCAAACCGUAGGUGUUUCUGUGAUACUUACCUAGUCAGUACCUUUCAUACAGAGUGAUACAAACACUAAGAACCAUUAUUUGCCUAAGUUAUCUGUUUAUGUUGUUGAUUAUUGUUGUAGCUGGUUUUAUUUCUUUCCAUAUUUGCCUAGAAAACAAGGUUUCUGAGGUACACUUGGAUUUAUAAAAUAAUAAAAACAAUCCCGUCAGCCAGAAAAAUUGCUGUUGCUGCAUGGUCUCGCUGCAGCUUUGCUCUCUGGAGCACUGGGCCUUGGGAGCAGUGACUUCUUGGCCUACCCCACACCCAGAGAAUGACUACACUUGGGGCUCUGUUGGGCAGGGACCACUGCUUUCAAACAUGUUCCCUCUUCAGAAUGUUUUAGAAAUGAUUACUUUGAAGCUGACUCUGUCCAGGCCCAUAAUGAAUGUAAGGCCUUGGUGCUCAGGUGCUGGGCUUGGUGCUGUGGAGCCACUCAGCAGGACAUGAACCACAGGGAAGUAACCGGUACCAGACGGGUGUAUGUGGGUCCUGUGCAAGGUGCUCGCUGACUCUUAGAUGCCUAUGGAGAUUGAGGCGUCAUCACUUCUCUCAGCCCCAUGGUAAGUGUCACAUUCAGUAUUAGUAGUCAGUGUGUAAAAUCAGCAAAAGAGACCUGAGAUACCAAGAUUUGCAAACUUUGUAAGUAGUCUUCUUUGAAUUAGCUGCAGUUGUUUACAGGGCAGACCCUCCCGGAAGCUGCUGCUGGAGGUUGCAGCUACACUAACCCUGGGGGUGUAAGGGGGUGGAAACAGUUAUUUUUUUGUUCACUCUGGUGUUACUACUUCCUGCUUCUUAGUCCUUUUGCAUGUAGAGAGCUCCAGUGACUUUUUGAGGUGUUUUUGUAGAUUAUGAGUUUACAAAGAGAACUUGGGCUCUUAACUCGCCAGUCAGAUGCUACUGGUAACUGGUGAAUAUGCUGUGUUUUUAGUUCCUUGUUCCGAAGAAGUCUUGGGUUUUCCUUUAAGUGGCUGAGUAUAGUGGGUAAUAGUCCAGGGAGGCUGACAGAGGACUGGGGGCUGCCCCCUUCUUUGGGAUGAGAAGCAUCUCCGAGGGGCGUGUAGCCUCCCUGUUUGCUUCCCCUUCAGUUCUGAGGCAGGUUGGUAGGUGGCACAGCUACUUGGGUUGUAAGAGUCAUCAAGAUCCUGAUUCUACAGAGGUCACGAAUGAGGACUACCAGGCUCUGGGUGCUCUGGGAUGGAGCAGAUGUGCAGAGGGUGAGGACCCAGCUCUGGGACUACGUCGCUCACUUCCUUCCUUAGAGAGAUUACUGGCUUGAGCAGAUUCAGGCCCAGGACGAGGAUGUCUGGGAGCCUCUUGCUGCUGCCCCCACUCUGGGGGAGGACCUUUCUCCUCCUGCUCUUGGUGGCAUUGGCUCAGUCCCGCUGGCCCAGUGAACCCUCGGAGACCGUCAGGGAUUGGGAGAACCAGCUUGAGGCGUCCAUGCACUCGGUGCUCUCAGACCUCCGUGAGGCUGUUCCCACAGUGGUUGGCAUUCCUGAUGGCAUGGCUGUUGUUGGACGCUCAUUUCGAGUAACCAUUCCAACAGAUUUAAUUGCAUCCAGUGGAGAAGUCAUCAAGGUAUCAGCGGCAGGGAAGGAGACCCUGCCGUCCUGGCUGCACUGGGACCCGAAAAGCCAUGCCCUGGAGGGCCUUCCCCUCGACACUGACAAGGGUGUGCACUACAUCUCGGUGAGUGCUGCACGGCUGGGGUCCAACGGGAGCCACAUCCCCCAGACCUCCAGCGUGUUCUCCAUUGAGGUCUACCCUGAAGACCACAGUGAGCCGCAGUCCGUGCGGGCGGCAUCACCAGAACCUGGUGAGGUGGUGGCAUCUACCUGUGCUGCCGAUGAGCCUGUGACUGUCCUGACGGUGAUUCUGGAUGCCGACCUCACCAAGAUGACCCCAAAGCAAAGGAUUGACCUCCUGCACAGCAUGCAGAGCUUCUCGGGAGUGGAGCUUCACAACAUGAAGUUGGUGCCAGUGGUCAAUAACAGACUGUUUGACAUGUCGGCCUUUAUGGCUGGCCCAGGAAAUGCAAAAAAGGUGGUGGAAAAUGGGGCUCUGCUCUCCUGGAGGCUGGGCUGUUCCCUGAACCAAAACAGUGUGCCUGACAUACGUGGUGUGGAGGCCCCUGCCAGGGAGGGCGCCAUGUCCGCUCAGCUUGGCUACCCUGUGGUGGGUUGGCACAUCGCCAACAAGAAGCCCCCUCUCCCCAAACGCAUCCGGAGGCAGAUCCAUGCCACACCCACCCCUGUCACUGCCAUUGGGCCCCCAACCACGGCCAUCCAGGAGCCACCCUCCAGGAUCGUGCCUACCCCCACAUCUCCAGCUAUCGCUCCACCGACAGAGACCAUGGCUCCUCCAGUCAGGGAUCCUGUUCCUGGGAAGCCCACAGUCACCAUUAGGACUCGAGGUGCAAUCAUUCAGACCCCAACCCUAGGCCCCAUCCAGCCUACUCGAGUGUCAGAAGCUGGCACCAUGGUUUCUGGCCAGAUCCGCCCAACGAUGACCAUUCCUGGCUAUGUGGAGCCCACGGCGGUUGCUACCCCUCCCACAACCACCACUAAGAAGCCACGAGUAUCCACCCCAAAACCAGCCACGCCUUCAACUGACUCCUCAACAACUACAACUCGCAGGCCAACCAAGAAGCCGCGGACACCCCGACCACCACUCCGGGCCACCACCAAAGUUCCCAUCACCAGAUUGGAAACAGCCUCCCCACCCACUCGCAUCCGUACCACCACCAGUGGGGUGCCCCAGGGGGGAGAGCCCAACCAGCCCCCAGAGCUCAAGAACCACAUUGACAGGGUAGAUGCCUGGGUUGGUACCUACUUUGAGGUGAAAAUCCCACCAGACACAUUCUACGACAAGGAGGACACCACCACCGACAAGCUGAAGCUGACCCUGAAGCUGCGGGAGCAGCAGCUAGUGGGUGAGAAGUCCUGGGUACAGUUCAACAGCACCAGCCAGCUCAUGUACGGCCUGCCUGACAGCAGCCACGUGGGCAAGCAUGAGUAUUUCAUGCAUGCCACAGACAAGGGGGGCCUCUCAGCUGUGGAUGCCUUCGAGAUCCACGUCCACAAGCGCCCUCAAGGGGACAGGGCUCCUGCACGGUUCAGUGCCAAAUUUGUGGGCGACCCAGCACCAGUGGUGAAUGAUAUCCACAAGAAGAUUGCCCUGGUGAAGAAGCUGGCCUUUGCCUUUGGGGACCGCAACUGCAGCACCAUCACCCUGCAGAAUAUCACCCGGGGUUCCAUUGUGGUGGAAUGGACAAACAACACACUGCCCCUGGAGCCCUGCCCCAAGGAGCAGAUCACAGGGCUGAGCCGAAGGAUCGCCGAGGAUGACGGGAAACCACGGCCGGCCUUCUCCAACGCUCUGGAGCCCGACUUUAAGGCCAUGAAUGUUGCUGUGAUGGGCUCAGGCAGCUGCCGGCACCUGCAGUUUAUCCCUGUGACUUCACCCAGGAAGGUGCCUUCAGAGACACCGCCCACAGAGGUGCCAGACAGGGACCCUGAGAAGAGCAGUGAGGAUGAUGUCUACCUGCACACAGUCAUUCCAGCUGUGGUGGUCGCAGCCAUCCUGCUCAUCGCCGGCAUCAUUGCAAUGAUCUGCUACCGCAAGAAGCGGAAGGGCAAGCUCACACUGGAGGACCAGGCCACCUUCAUCAAGAAAGGGGUGCCCAUCAUCUUUGCGGACGAACUGGAUGACUCCAAGCCCCCACCCUCCUCCAGCAUGCCACUCAUCCUGCAGGAGGAGAAAGCCCCCCUGCCCCCUCCCGAGUACCCCAACCAGAGCGUGCCCGAGACCACUCCUCUGAACCAGGACGCCGUGGGAGAAUAUACACCCCUGCGGGAUGAGGAUCCCAAUGCACCUCCCUACCAGCCUCCUCCACCCUUCACAGCUCCCAUGGAGGGCAAGGGCUCCCGUCCCAAGAACAUGACCCCAUACCGGUCGCCCCCUCCCUAUGUUCCCCCUUAACCCACAAGCUCCUGGGUGGAGGCAGGGGUAGGGAAGGGGCCUGGAGACAACACGGUGUUGUCUGUGGAAACCGGUGGCCUGCAGACCAUCGCCCACCGGAAGCCGACACCUGACCUAGCACACACUGACACACAUGGGGCCUGGACAAGCCCGCCCUCUCUGGUCCUCCUAAACCCCAAAGCAGCUGGAGAGACUUUGGGGACUUUUUUUUUUUUUUUUUUUUGCCUAACAGCUUUUUGUUUGUUCAUAGAAAAUUCUUCGCUGCGUUUUUGAUGGCUGGCUCUGAAAGCACCGUUUGGGGUAGAGGUAGAUGGAGGGAGCGAGGAACCGUGAAUGAACUCGCAGGCAGUGCUGGGUGGCUUCCCGGCUGUCUGCGUUUUGCCUUUAACACUAACUGUACUGUUUUUUCUAUUCACGUGUGUCUAGCUGCAGGAUGUAACAUGGAAAACAGUAGCUAAAGAUUAAAUUCAAAGGACUUUCAGAAGUUAAGGUUAAGUUUUUACAUUUAAUCUGCUGUUUACCUAAACUUGUAUGUAUAAUUUUUGGGUGGGUAUGGGGAAUUGCUUUGCUAAAAAUAAGCUCCCAGGGUGUUUCAAACUUAGAGAAGACCAAGGGACAGUAUUUUUUAUCAAAGGAAUCCUAUUUUUUCACACUACGUACACUUGGUUGCUCUGAUACCCCAGAGCCUGAUCGGAGGCCUCCUGGCCCUGCCUAAGGGGCCAGGGCCCUGGUGCUGGGCUUGCUCUCCUGCUGUUGCCAGGGGCCAGAAGCUGGAGGGGCCUCUUGGGCCGAGGACACCCCCACCCCACGCACGCUGUCGGCCCACCACCAAGGGGUCUUCAUUUCCAGGGAAAAAGGACUCCAAGAGGCAGCGGUGGCCAUGGCCCCAAACCUAGGUGCUCCAGGGUGGGCCAGCUGCUUGUGGGGGUUCCUGGGGAGGUCAAGGGACUCGACCACAUCACCCUGCUUUCUUUUUUCCUUCUUUUGUGGUUUUUUUUCUCCCCUCCUAAAAGGUAUCAUGGUUUUUGAAACACUCAGUGGGGGACAUUUUGGUGAAGAUGCAAUAUUUUUAUGUCAUGUGAUGCUCUUUCCUCACUUGACCUUGGCCGCUUUGUCCCAACAGUCCACAGCCCUACCCCACCCCUUUUCUCUGGCGCUCCAGUCCCAGGCCUCUCGGGUCUGAAUGGCUGGAAAAGGUCUGGUGGUUGGGGAGGAGUGCCAGCAAUAGUUCAUAGUUAAAAUCUGUGGGCUCUCAAAGCUAAUUUUUUACUAAAGUUUUUAUACAGCCUCAAAUUGUUUUAUUAAAAAAGAUUAAAAAUGGUGACGCUGACAGCAGUUUGUACAAGCUCUUAGUGUUGAUCCAUGGAACUGACGGCUUUGCUCAUUUUGAUUUUUUUUCUUCCCCCUUUUCAUAACAGUUUAAAUCCUAUGAUUACACUGGGACUUCUUUUGCCUUUUUUAGCAGAACGUCCUUCCGUCCAUUUGCAUCUCUGUCCCAUGACUCAGGGGCACCCACUCUGCUUUGAUUCUCCUCCUUUGGAAGAAACUAUUUUGAACCUGACUUUUCUUGACCAUCUGAGAGUCAUUUUGGGUACCUUUUAGGGAGGAAUGCCUUUUGCAAUAAUGUUUUCCAUCCCUGAUCUGGGGUGGGUGGGUGGACCCAGGCUCCCUUUGCACACUGAGCAGCCACUUCUAAGCCAUAUCGACAGUUUUGUAGAGGGUUCGUGUGUGCUGCCUCAGGAGGGCAGGGCCAGCAGGAGGGUUGGAGGCCUCCAUCUACCGCUCACUGGAGGGCAUUCGGCAUUGCGCCUUCUUCCACAAACCCUGGCCCUGCUCUCCUGCCUUGGUGCAGGAGGGUACUCUAGAAUGAGCAGUGCCCCCGUGGGGGAGCCUGUAGAUGAGGGCUCGGUGGAACACUGUGACUGGGCCUGUGCCUCCAAGCCAGGGUUUCCCUGAUGCCCCAGAGUCGGGAGCACAAGUGGGAUCUGACCUGGUGAGAUUAUUUUUGGUGACCUCAUCAAAAAAUAAACAAUUCCCAGUGUUCCAGGUGAAGGCCUUCCAAACAGCUCCGUUGCCCCUAGCAACCCCAUCAACGGGCACUGCCAUGCAGAGACAUGGUUGGCCCAGAAUGGCCUGUUGCCAUAGCAACUGGAGGAGAAGGGGCAGUGA